CAGUUUCUUUCUCUGCGGUUUCGGUGUCUCUGAAGAAGAGAGCAAUAAAAGAAAAAAUGGGUUCGUUGAAAGUGCCAGAGGUUGUUCCUUCUCCAACUGAGGACAGUCAACGACUCAGAAAAGCUUUCCAAGGAUUGGGAACAAAUGAGAAAGCGAUAAUCCUGGUUUUGGGGCACAGGAACUGGAGGCAAAUAAAAGAAAUCAGAGAAACUUAUGAAAAACUUUACAAUGAAUCACUCAUUGAUCGUCUUCAUUCUGAACUGUCGGGUGAUUUUAGAAAUGCUGUGAUUAUGUGGAGUGAAGACCCUGCUGAAAGGGACGCAAAAGUGGCGAGAAAAGCGAUGAAAGCGAGGUGGAAGGGGAUUAAAGAAUUACAAGUUUUGGUGGAAAUAAGCUGCGCAUCAACGCCUAACCAUCUGAUGGCAGUCAGGCAGGCUUACUGCUCUCUCUUUGAUUGCUCGCUUGAGGAAGACAUCCAUGCCUCUGUUUCUCCACCGCUCCAAAAGAUUUUAGUGGGGCUAGUGAGGUCUUAUAGGUAUGAUAAAGUAAUUGCAAAUUUGGAAGUUGGCAAGGCAGAGGCAUCAAAACUGCAUGAAGCAAUAAAGAAAAAGAAAUUGGAUGAUGAUCACAUCGUUUGGAUACUUAGCACCAGGAAUGUCUUCCAGCUCAGACAAACUUUUGCAUGUUACAAGAACCUCUAUGGGAAUACAUUGGAUCAGGACAUAAAGAAUUGUGGUAAGGGUGAUUUGGAAUCUCUCUUAAAUGUCGUAGUUUGUUGCAUAGACUGCCCUGAGAAACAUUUUGCCAAGGUUGUGAGAGAUUCUAUUCUUGGACUUGGAACCGAUGAAGAUUCUCUCAAUAGAGCUAUUGUAACUAGAGCUGAAAUUGACUUAUUGAAAAUCCGAUUCGAAUAUGCAGAAAUUUACAAAUCUAGCCUUGAUGAUGACGUUAUUGGUGAUACCUCCGGUGACUACAGAGUCUUCUUGAUGACUUUGCUAGGGAAAGGUCCCAAUGGAGUUUAAUUUCAUACACCUAUUUAACAUCCACCAAUUCUCAUGUUGUUGAAGGCGUCAAUUUGGAUCAU